CUGCAAAGAUGGCGGCUCCCACAGUCGUCAGCCGGCAUGACAACUUUAUAACUUGGUUGAACUCAUCUAACGCUGAUGUUGUCUAACGCCGACGUGCUGCUCACAUGCUGAGGCCACAUUCUAUGAUUGUUGUGUCACACCUCUAAAUCACUUCGAACUCCGAUUCUUCUACCCUCAGUACGAAUCCGUCAGAAAUGGAAACGACUAGCACGGGACGCCUUCGCAAGUUGGCCGCGAAGUUUUCGAACCUCUCGCGUCCGGAUGGAUCCGCAAUACUGGCACAAGGAGAGACUGUCGUUCAAGCAGGCGUCUACGGACCCGUCGAGGUAAAGCAAAUGCGCGAGCACCCGGAGAAGGCCACAGUAGAAGUAUUUUUUCGAUCUAAAUCGGGGCAACAGAGUUGCUCAGACCGUAUGUCUGAAAAAGUUAUUCGAAGCACGCUGGAGACUGCUAUGUUGACAGCCCUGCAUCCGCGCUCUUGCAUAUCACUAACCUGUCAAGAGUUUCACAACAACGGUGGUCUGCUGGCCUGUGCAAUAAAUGCUGCCUGCCUGGCAGCCAUUGACGCUGCAGUCAGUAUGAAAUGCCACAUCGCAGCGGUCACAGCAGCGAUCACUAACACCGGGAUUAUCGUGCUGGACCCUGACGGGCAGCAAGAGCAGGAAGCAAGAGCAGUAUGCACAUUCUCCUUCGAAAGCCAAGAGUCCAAACUGGUCUCGACCCACACCAGUGGCCAGUUUUCCAAGGAAGAGUUCCAGAGAUGCCUGGUUCUGAGCAAAGCAGCCGCAGGCGACAUCUUUGCCUUCUACCAGGAUGCACUGCAGAAGCGCUAUUGCCGCUCACUUGAAGCAGACGGUGACAGCGAUGACGAUUAAAGUU